CAAUCUCAUUCUUUCUUUGCUUGCGUGCUGUGGUAGCGUACCUAAAUUUUGGUUGAAAAAAAUACCAGAAGGAAAUUUGUAACCAGUAUACCUCGGUGAUCAUUACAAAGAAGAAAAACCUAUUAAGUUUCCAACAUGGUUGAUAGAAUUGAUAUGGCUCUGGACGACAUCAUAAAAGCCAGUAAAAAAGGCCGAGGUGGUGGUGGUGGUGGAGCUGGACGCAAGUUCGAUAAUAAUCGAAGACCUGGCCGAGGAGCAGGAGGUUUUCGCAAUGGCCGUACAGGCGGCGUCUUGCGAGGAAGGAAUCGCGGCGGUAUUACCAAGCCUACUAAUUACACAAGGGGUGAUGUUAACAGCACUUGGAAACAUGACAUGUUCAACGAAUUUGCUGACAGGAAGAUUCAGAGAGGAGGAUCAAUAUCUACAGGACCGACUAAACUACUGGUCUCUAAUUUGGAUUUUGGAGUUUCAGACUCUGAUAUACAAGAGCUGUUUUCAGAAUUUGGAAUUCUAAAGAGUGCAGCCGUACAUUAUGACAGAUCCGGUAGAUCUUUAGGCACUGCUGAUGUGGUGUUUGAUAGAAGAGCAGAUGCACUUAAAGCUAUGAAACAAUAUAAUGGAGUACCAUUAGAUGGACGUGCAAUGAACAUACAACUAGCAACAUCAGAAAUAAGUUCUCUAAGAAGUCAAGAUAGAGGAGGACGUCUUGGAAACCCUAAUAUUCCUAAUAGAAGAAAUUCAAACAGGAACAAUGUCCCCAACAAAAGCCAAAGCGGAGGCGGCGGCGGCGCCCGAGGCCGCGGAGGAGCGCGAGGCCGCGGCGCAGGCCGGGGCCGGCGCCCGGUGCCCACCGCCGAGCAGCUGGACGCCGAAUUAGACGCCUAUGUGAAAGAAAUUAAAUAACGCCCUGCCCAGUUUAUCAGUGAACAGACUUUUGAAGUACAUGAAUAGUAACCUAAGAUUUAAACUUACGAUUUUCGUAUUGUGACAUGGAUUUAAUAAACUAAACAAGUUUCUCAUGUA